GCCAGUAGCCUGCUAGCCUGCAGUGCUCAGAGCCGGGAGACAUGGACUGCGCCUGACACCAUGUGGGCUCUUAUCCUCUGGUUCCUGAGUCGCCCCCCGGACAGCGGAGCCCGAUCACACUCUCUGCUGUACGCGUACUCUGCUGUGAGUAACCCGGGCCCGGGAGUCCCUGCAUUUUUUGCCACUGGCUUCGUAGAUGGCCAGCCCUUCAUCCACUAUGACAGCGUCCGCAUGAAGGCAGAGCCUGCUGUUGACUGGCUGAGGGAAAAUCCAAGUUACUUUGCUGAUGAGACUCAGGUCUUCACCAACCGGAUGAAGAUUUUCCAGCUAAGCCUGAGAAACAUAGAGCAGUACUACAACAGCUCGGGGGCCCAGAGCCGGCGAGCAGGCCCUCACACCCUCCAGUUCACAUACGGCUGUGAGAUGCGGGAUGACAGAAGUGCCACAGGACACUGGCAGUACGGCUAUGACGGCAGCGACUACCUGACCUUGGAUCUAGACUCCAUGCAAUAUAUAGCAGCCACGUCCAUCGCUGACCACACCGUGCGGAAGUGGGAAAACAAUGAGUACUGGCUGGAGAGAGAAAAGAGCUACUUGGAGAAGGAAUGCCUCCUGUGGCUGAAGAAAUACUUGACCCUCGGAGGAGAGAACUUCAACCGAACUGACCCUCCCCAGAUAAGAGUAACCCGCCACCCCAAACCUGAAGGAGAUGUCACCCUGAGAUGCUGGGCCCUGGGCUUCUACCCAGCUGAGAUCUCCCUGACUUGGCAGCUGGAUGGGGAGGACCUGAUCCAGGAAAUGGAGUUUGUGGAGACCAGACCUGCAGGAGACGGAACCUUCCAGAAGUGGGCAGCUGUGGUGGUGCCUUCCGGGGAGGAGCAGAAAUACACAUGCCAUGUGCAGCAUGAGGGGCUGCCGGAGCCCCUGAUCCGAAGAUGGGAGCCUCUUCAGUCCACCACCACAGUGCCCUGGAGUGCCCCCGUGUUUGUUUUCCUGACACUUGCUGUCACCUACUGCACACUGAAGUUUUGGAAGAAGAUCUACAUUUGCCCUUUGCGAUGCAGAAGAGAAGAACCUUACUGAGACGUUCCCUUAGAGAGGUGAACAAGACUAGACCGAAGAAGCAACAACUUUUCUCCGGAGCUGGAGAAGAUGGCUACAUUUCUGCAAGAAGUAACAUCUUGGGCCACAGAAGCCGAUAGCUCUUCUAGGAUGUUCCCUUAGGGGAACAGAGCAGAGCUCAGCUGCAGGGGCGCUGGAGAGGAGCAGGAUUGAUAUAUCCUGUGGGGAUACCAUUCCCACUGCACCCCAGCUUCAGGUAGCUGGCUUCCCAGCGAGUCAGGACACCUUUCCCUCAAGGGCUGAAUGUUGCUGGAGAGAGGGCCUGCUUGUUCGUCCUGGCCACUCGGCUAGCUUAGCUCCAAAAUAACCACACAGAAAUUGUAUUAAUUAAAUCACUGCUUGGCCCAUUAUUUCUAGUCUCUUACUGGCUAACUUUCACAUCUUGAUUUAACACAUUUCUAUUAAUCUGUUCAUCACCACGUGGCAGUGGCUUACCGGGAAAGAUUCGGCAUGUCUGUUUCUGGAGGCUCCAUGGCGGCUCCCUCCUCCUCCUCCUCCGCCUUUCUUCCUCCCAGCAUUCAGUUCUGUCUUCCCUGCCUACCUAAGUUCCGCCCUAUCAACUAGGCCAAGGCAGCUUCUUUAUUCAUUAACCAGGGAAAGCAACACACAGACAGAAGGCCCUCCCCGUCCCACACCAGCUGGGCUGUCCACCCUCCCCCCUCCCACACCAGAAGGCCCUCCUAUCAGCUGGGCUGUCCUGCUGAGGCUCUAGGUUCAGGCAUCUUUGCAGCCCCGGAGCUGUAACACUCACACUCCCUUACAAAGGCUCUCAGCUUGAGCUGAAGAGAUGGCUCAGAGGUUAAGAACACUGACUGCCCUUCCAAAGGUCCUGAGUUCAGUACCCAGCAACCACAUGGUGGCUCACUAUAUUUCUAUAUGGUGUGGCAGCCAGCCUCUGAAGCCAUAGUCAGUAUCUGAGGAUGGACACGUAGCCUACCAGACAGGCCUUUGCAACCUAACAAAAGGUCAGGAUGUGGUUUUGCUCCUUUCUUUGUAAUUUGGAGGAUGCCUGAUAGAGAUGCCGAUUCAAACCUGUGUGACAGCCAGCAUACACAGGUAGAUGUGGACAUGACGGAAAGCCAUUCACCUGGUUACCUAGGAAACAGAAUGCUAAUAUAUUUUCCCCUUGGUUAAGUUUUGGUAUAAAGACUGUUUGGAGAAUAAACGAGAAAAUUCUUCAGGACAUGAACUCAGGAUUUCAUGAGGGACCACUGAGAAUCUCCCUCCUGAUAAAACCAUGUGAGUUGUGUAUUUCUGCGUCUCCAAGCCGGUCCAGAGAGAGAGAGUUUAUGUUGGGGUCUGGUCGAGAGAAAAUAAUUUACUGUCCGGGCUAGCACCGGACCCCAACAGCUCACAAUUAUCUGUAAUAAGACCUGGGGCCCCUUCUUGCAUACAGGUAUACAGGCAUACAUGCAGAAGGAACACUGCAUAAUAAAUAAACUCUCAGCUCCUUCCCUAACAUCAUGUCUGCCUGCACACAGCCAUGCUUCUUGUGUUGUUGUGGGGUAUUAUUUUAACUGUGUAAACACGUGUCAAAUACAUUUGCUUAUGCUGCAUUUGUUUAACAAUGUACAGAUAUGUGUUGGCAGUGAGUGAAUUACCUUGUAAGAGCCCAAAAUAUGUCUGUGCAUCCUGUACGAGACGUAAAGGCCCUGAAGAACUGGGGAAACAGCCAGCAGCUCUUCUUUCACAAAGGCCCAAGGGAAGGAGAAAGAGUGUGUGCCUGGAAGUGAAGGCUGGCCAGGAGCAUUUACUCAUAUGUUCACAGCUCACAUACAAUGUAAGAUUGAACCUUAAACCGAAUAUUGGCUCAUGAUAAUUACACUUGGGAAUUCUAGAAGCAGAUAAAGGUUUUAGGCUCAAAAGAAGAUACACACAGCCAGGUGGUGGUGGCAUGUGCCUUUAAUCGCAGAACUCAGGAGGCAGAGACAGGCAGACCUCUGUGAGUUUGAAGCCAGCCUGGUUUACAGAGCUUCAGGACAACCAGGGCUACACACAGAGAAAACACACACGAAGGCAUUUUUACAUACUAACAAGGCAGAAAAUAUGCAGCUUUUGACCACUGAGCCAUCGCCCCCAUAUCAUAGAGUACAAAAAUGACUAACCAUGUCUCCUGUUCCUCAUCAGUUCUAAAGGUCAGAAGUGUCCAUCUGGCUUGUCUGCCUCAUCUUAUAACAACUGGGAAUGAGACGUGGGCUUUCUGGAAGAGCAGUGCACACUCUUCACUGCUGAACCAUCUCCCUGCCCCUAACAGUUCUGGUCUCUGCUCACUGGGCUUUUAUGCUAACAGGCACUGUUGGGGAAUAUUAUUUUGGGGUGUUGCUUUUGUUUAUGCUGCAUUUGUUUAACUCUGUGAAGCUGUGAUUCUGUCUAAAACACCUGAUGGUCUAAUAAAGAUCUGAAAAACCAAUAGCGAGGCAGGAGAAAGGAGAGGCGGGGCUGGCAGGCAGAGAGAAUGGAUAGAAGGAGAAGAAAGAAGAAGAGCAGGGAGAGAACAAGGAGAUGAGGACAUCGGGGCCCAGCCACCCAGCUA